AUGAAGUCAAAACAUUCUCAAUAUGAGGUUGAUUCCAAUGGUUCUGGUGGAUGUAUUGAUGUUGUUGCAGCUGCAAUUCAAGUUCUGGAGGAUGAUCCUUGCACGAAUGCUGGGAGAGGAUCGAAUUUGACUGAGGAUGAUCGUGUAGAAUGUGAUGCCAGUCUAAUGGAUGGUGACUCUGGGGCUUUCGGUGCUGUUGGAGCAACGCCAGGUAGUUUGCAAAUUGUUAAAUCUGUGCGCUGCAAAGGCACUAUAGAGGAGGCGGAUGAGUGGUUGGUGACUGAAAGGGCUCGAAUUCAAUGGAAAAGAUACAAGGAAAUACUUGAUGAUGCCAAAGCUAGAGAGGCUCAAUCACAUGAUCUUCCGAAGGUAAAGAAAAGUAGGAAUCAAUCUUAUUCAUUGAGUACACUAGAAGAGGACGCUAUAUUAGACACGGUUGGAGUAAUUUGUGUCGAUUCCGAGGGACAUAUAGCUUCCGGAGCCUCAAGUGGUGGCAUUGCCCUUAAGGUGAUUCUUCUACCAUCUUCUGUGAACUCUCGAUGACUUCUAAAAU